GUACUGGUGAGGUGCAGUUUGUUUAAUUUGUCACCAGUGGCUCGGUGUUGUAGUGGACAGUCGCGGAAGAUGGACCUGAGCGCCAUGAGGAAAACCUACAAGGCAGACGAAGAGAAUAAGAGAAGAGAAAAAAAGACCAGCAAAUUAAAUGUGAUUCUGGUUGGGACAAAAGCCUGCAGCCACAGAGGGUCCCCAGCACUGAGUUUGAGAACCCCUGCUAUAGGGACAGGCCAUGCUGCAGAUGACAACAAUACCCAGAUGACCGACUUGAAGCGUGAAGUGGACAGAGGUGAACAAGUUGAUGGUGUUGACUAAUAAAUCUGCAUUUGAAGAGAAUCAUUUGGUAUCUUUGGAUCCAAUUCAGCAGUUCACCAAGUGGUUUGAGGAGGCAUCACAUUGUCCUGCUGUGGGAGAAGCCAAUGCUAUGUGUUUGGCAACCUGCACUAAGGAGGGUAGGCCAUCUGCACGAAUGCUGCUUCUAAAGGGCUUUGGUCGAGAUGGUUUCAGAUUCUUCACAAACUAUGAGAGCCGGAAGGGAAAGGAGCUGGACAGCAAUCCCUAUGCCACACUGGUGUUCUACUGGGAACCUUUAAACAGACAGGUACGUAUUGAGGGAAUGGUGCGUCGGCUUCCACGUGAUGCGGCAGAGGAGUACUUCCACUCUCGACCCAAAGACAGUCAGAUUGGAGCUCUGGUGAGCCAGCAGAGCACAGUGAUUCCCAACAGAGAGUUUUUAAGGCAGAGAAAUGUAGAACUAUGCGAAAAGUACAAAGACAUUGAGGUACCCCUGCCAGAUUACUGGGGUGGGUACAUUCUGAAGCCUGAUAUUAUAGAGUUUUGGCAAGGCCAGACCAAUCGGCUGCAUGACCGACUCGUCUUCAGGAAGAAGGCAUGCAGUACCUUGACAGAGACCGAAUGUGUUCAAGUAGAAGAUGGCUGGGUCCUUCAGAGGCUCGCUCCAUGAAGUAGCACUGAUGUCAUUUCAUUGAACUGUCUCCUCUCAUUUCUCACCACCUUCUGCAGAACAGAAGCUGCUGCUCGCCGGUCCAAGCAAACCAACGUUUUUGAUUGUUCAUUUUAUAUCAUGUUAAGUUAAUUAACUUGUCAAGUCUGUCAGUGUUGAAAGUGUAUUUUGUACAUAUUUUAGAAAUUUUUAGAUGCACUGCCUCAAGCCAACUGGAGGCAUUAUGGAGCCCAGGUUUCGCUGCAUCAUCUAGGCUUCUGUUUUUAGAUGUUUUACCAGAAUUCACCAUACUCCAUAUGCUUUGGGGGUUUGUGCCAUGUUUUUAUUGUUUCUGGGUAUCUUGACUGUAUUGUCAUUGUUGUUAAUGUUGGUACUAAGGUAUAGGCAUAAUAAAACCAUUUUAAGGAAAGGC